GCCUACUUCAUCAAGCUGCAGCGGCGAAGCAACCAGACCUUGCAGGAGUGGAGUGCGGAGUACUUGCGUGCAGAGCGGCGGCUGACGACGACCCACGGCGUGACCCUCCCCGAGAAGAUCCGUGCCUGGUUCUUCCUGAGGAGGAGCGGCGUGAGCAAGGAGCAGAGACAGCUCAUCCUCACGAACGUUGGCGCCGAGAACCUCAACCUGGAGGCCGUGAGCAAAGCAAUGAACUUUAUUCUGGGACAGGACUCCAGGCUAGAGGGCAGAGGCGACAAGUGGAACAAGAAGGUGGACCACGCCCACUACCAGGACGAGCUUGAUGGCGAGGACUGGCCGGACGUAGACGCCACCUACUACCAGGACGUUGGAGAGGAGCCUCCUUGGCUCGACGCAGACCAGGCCUACUACGAGGACGAGGCGUCGGAGGACGACUGCGAGGAGGCCUGGGAUGUCGAGGAGUACGACGAGAUCUACGCCGCCUAUGUCGACGCAAAGAACCGCAUGAACCGGAUGAGGCAAGAGCCCCGGCAAGAAAGGAGGUGGAAAGAGGCCCGGGAAGAAGGGCCGAAGCAAAUGCCAGCCAAAGGAGGUGGAAGCAAGGCGGGCCACUGGGCACGCGACUGCCCGGCUGGAGAAAAGAAGCGCCGCCUAGACACGCACGAGGUGAUGAUGGUGAUGGACGCCGACCCCACCGAUGGCAUGGACAGCCACAGCAGGACCUAUGCCAUGACCCCGGUGUAUGCCCUGGACAACGACGAGGACGAUGACAACCAGACGUGCAACAGAGCAGUUCAGGAUGGAGGCGCAGCCUCUGUCCUAGGGAGCCUCCUGUACGUGAAGCGCUACCUCCGACACCUGCUCGAGAACGGCUUCCCCUUGGACACCCUCGAGGUCUACGCGUGCAAGAAGUCCUUCCGCUACGGCAACUCUGCCACUGAGGCUGCAGGUCUGUGUGUCAUGCUGCCGGUUGUGAUCGGAGCAAAGAAGCGACAGGUGCUCACCUACAUCAUCGGUGGCUCUUGCCCCAUCCUCUUCGGCAGGCCUGUUCUGGAAAAGCUCGAGCUGACCAUCGACUACAAGACCGGGAAAAUGAAGUGGCCCGGCGGACCGUGGCAGCCAAUAUCCCGAGGCGACCGUGGAGAACACCAACUGGUGCUUGCCGAGGACAUGGCGACCCUCUUGGACGAGACCCAGGACUUUGAGGAGAUCCUGGCCCCCACCGACUUCGAGACACACGUCGUCUUCAGCAAGAACCUUGGCUACCAGGCGAUCCUCGGGAAGACGGCCUGCCCCAACGAGGUGUACCACACGACGCUCGAGAAGGACCACAGCCUCGACGACCAGAGCAACGAGAAGGACCACAGCCACAACGACCAGAGCAACGAGAAGGACCACAGCCGCAACGACCAGAGCAACGAGAAGGACCACGGGGACGAGGCAAGACAGCAGCCAAUUGCCUUCGACGAGAACCCCAGAACGAUACCUGAAAGCGCCACGGCAACAGCAUCUUCUCCAUCGCCUAUGUGGACCCUGGAAGAGGUUGUUAAUGCAAAGCAGGUGCCCCUGAGCGACAAGGCCAUGGUGAAGAACCUCCCAAAAGGGAAGCUCCACGGCUUCAUUGCCAGCGCGGCCAAGGAGAAGAAGGAGCUGAAGAGUGCAAUGGACAGGGCCGCCCACGUUUCCUCAGCUGACGACAAGCUGGUGUGGGAAGUCUUUGCAGGGAAGGGCAAGCUGACUGCCAGUCUGAAGUGCCAAGGCGCAGUGACUGAGCGUUUCUCCACCAAGGAAGGGUGGAACCUUCGCCGGGCCAAGGACCGAAAGAAGUUUCUGAGGAGGCUUCGCCACGAGGAGCCCGACGAGGUGGUGAUCACUCCCCACUCGCGCUUGUGGAGCCCAACGCUGGAAAAGCAGCUAGCCAUUGCCCCUGGUGGCUGGGCCCAGCUCUGCCGACAGAGACAGCAGGACCAUGACGAGAUCCUGGUCUUCUGUGCCCUGGUCUUUGAGGUGCAGCGACGUGGAGGACGACACGCCCACCUGGAGCACCCAUGGACCAGCAGAGCCUGGAAGACGAAGGCAUUCCACCGGCUGCCCGGGAUGCCUACCUACGUGGACCAGUGCAUGUAUGGCGCCCUCACAAGAGAUGGUGGCUGCCCACUGAAGAAGUCUACGUGCAUACUUACUACCAAGAGGAGCGUGCAUGAAGGACUUCAUUGCGAGUGUGACGGCAGCCACGACCACGGACGAGAGCAGGGACACGCCCAACAUGAGGACAACGAGCCCCCGGACCUCAUGGCCAAGAAGUUCGCCGAGCUCAUCGUGCAGGAUGGUGUCGUAGAGGAUGCCCUCCCUAUUGACGAGGGCAUCGAGGCGGCCGAUGUCGAGAUGGAGCAGGCCACCGGCCAGGAAGCACAGGAGGAGCCCGAGGUGACCAAGGCCAACCAGAGCUUGAAGCAGCAAGUGGGCAGACAAGCCUUCGGUUACGUUGCCCGCCUCCACAAGAACCUCGGACACCCGAGCCCAACCGUGCUGGCGAGGAUGCUGGAGGAAGUGCAGGCGACCGAGAACGUGAUCACCUGUGCUAAGAACUACCUGUGUGCUGCGUGUCUGAAGAGAAAGAAGCCUGCUGGAGUGCCACCAGCGAGUGGCAUUGAAGGGCGGGAAUUCAACGAGCGGCUCAUGCUCGACUCGGCCUGGAUAGACACCGAUGAUGGUCGCAUGUGUGUGCUCACCAUCAUGUGCCAGGCCACCCGAUUCGUGACCAUCAGGGUCCUGGCGAGUGAGCAGAGCAAGGAGCCUCUAAAGGGGCUCGAGCGUGCCUGGAUCAAGCACUUUGGGGUGCCCAAAAUUAUCAGGAUCGAUGAGGCUAAGGGCUGGAGCGCCACCUUGAUCCGGGAAUGGUGCUCGGACCACGGCGUUGAGCUUGAAAUUGCUCCAGCCGAGGCACACAGCUGGCUUGGAGCUGUUGAACGUCGGCACCAAGUGGUGCGAAGAAGCCUGGAGCUGUACAUGGAGGACCGCCAAGACCGCACAAGGACAGGACUGCGUGAAGCUGCCAUCUUUGUGCCGGGCCAGAUCAACCUGCUGAGUUCGGUGAAGGGCUUCUCCCCGGCCCAAUGGGUGCUUGGCAAAACUCCAGCAAACAGCUUCAGCCUCACCAACGAGAUCUUCAACCCAGCCGCCCCGGAUGCUGAAGAUGACGCCGGAGCCUUUGCCGCAAACCAGCGCCGCAGGACUGCCGCCCAGAUCGCCUUCCUGAAAGCCGACACCGACCUGAGACUGAGGCGCGCUAUGAAUCGGAACUACCGCGAGGGCGACCAGGCGAUGCCAAAGGUGGGCCAGAAGGUUUUCUUCUGGCGCAUACAAGGAGCUGGCAUUCUUCAAAAAAACCGCUGGCGGGGACCAGCUCGGGUUGUUGCUGUCGAGACCGACGAUGGCGGCAAGGAGCGGGUCAUCUGGCUGGCCCACGGCACCUCUCUUCUGCGAUGUGCCCCUCACCAGGUGCGGCCCGUCAUCGAGGACACUGGCUACAACGUUGUGUCCGACCCCGGUGCUGCCAUGGAAGCCCUACAAGAACUCAAGGCCCGGAGCACAACCCAGUUCAAGGACAUCACCGCCAGUGAGCCUAUCCUGGAGGACAACGUCGACGAGCACCUCUCUGACUACGAGCUCAGCCUGCCUGACGACAACAGCCACCCCGGCGACGCCGACGAGGAGACCGAACGACCUCUACCACCUCUGCCUGGAGUUGUUGAGUUGGCCUUCCAGGACGUGCUCUCACGGCAACGUCCCGUCACCCGGCGCAUCAGCACCGCUGAGCCCGAGCCGGAGCAGCUUGAUGCCGAUGUCCCGCCCGACAAGCGUGCGCGACUGGAUCCCGCCCGCCCACCCUGUGCUCCUCACCAUGUUCGGCCCGAUCCCACCCACCCGCCCGGUGCUGCUUCCUCUUCUUCCCCGGCGACCGCGGCUGCCAGCGCGCGACCCGAGGACACACCCGUGCCGGAGGAUGAUGAGGAGCUCUAUGUGGAUGCCUAUGUGGUGGAUACAGCCGACAACGACUUCCCUGAAGGCUGGGCCGUGGUUGAUGGCGAAGUUGCUAUUGAUGAGGCCUGGCUGGCAAGAGUCGAGGCGAAGGAGAAGCACAUGAACGUGGAGCAAAGGGCGGCUAUAGUUCAGGCCAAAAGAACUGAGCUGGAAUCUUAUUUCAGCAACCAGGUGUGGCAGUUUGCUGAAGAUGGCGAAAAUAGGGCUGGCAGAACCGUCUCAGCCCGAUGGGUGCUUUCGUGGAAGGAGCCCGAAAACGGAGGGCCUCCCAAAGCAAAAGCACGCCUUGUGCUUCGUGGCUUCGAGGACCCCGACCUGAUGAACAGGGAACUGGCAAUGGGUGGUGUUCUGCGGAAGAUCGUGGUGAAGCUGCCGGCCGACUGCGGCCCGCUUUUGGGAGCUGGUCCACAGCCGACAUACAUGCGGAUGCUCAAGUCAGCCUACGUGUUGGCCGACGCACCUCGCCUGUGGUGGAGAGAAGCAGACAGGCGACUGCGCAGAGGAGGCUGGGAAAGGCACCCGUUGGACAGGUGCUUCUACCUGCUGUUCACCAAGGACAGAGUGCUGACCGCAGCGCUGGUGCUGCACGUCGACGACCUCCUUGUUGCCGGGGAUGGCCAGAACACCGAGUUCAAGGCCGCCAUCGCCACCCUGAAGAAGAUCUUCGACUUUGGCAAAUGGCAGGAGCUGCACGACAAGGGCCCCAUCCUCUACUGUGGCGGCAAGCUGGAACGGGAUGCAGCUGGCAUCCACUUGGGGUACGCCGACUACCUCAAGAAGGUCGCUCCGGUGACUGUUCCCCGCGCCAAAGAGAAGAAAUCCCUGCAAGCGAGAGAUGUGGGCAAGCUUCGUGGACUGAUUGGUGCUCUUCAAUGGCCAGCCGGCCAAGGACUCCCCGCACUGAGCGCUUCCCUGAGCAUCCAGGCUGCAAGCAUAAACCAAGCCGACACCAACCUCGUGAACGAGCUCAACAAGACCCUCAGGUUUGCGAAGGCCCAGCACAGCUACCGUAUCACCAUGGGCAAGGUGUUUGGCGACCUCAACGACUUGUGCCUAGUGGUGUUCAGCGACGCCGCCUUCGCUGUGAGGCCCGAUGGGUCAUCCCAAGGCGGCCUCCUUGUGGUGAUGACCUCUAAGAAGGUCCCACAAGCUUCAAAGGGUGUGCCGCAGCAGCCUUGCAGCAGAAGCGCAGGGGUUGCGACGGCACUCGACGAGCUGGUGAUGGUCAAGUCGAUGGUUUCGUUGAUGAUGGACCCCCACCAGGACCCAAGAGCCCCAGAGACUGCACAAUGGCCAGGGAGCUCUGUCGCCGUGAUCGACGCCAAGGCCCUCUACGACGCCCUCAAGAAGCCAGGCUUUACGAGUGCACAAGACAAGCGGACCGCCAUCGAGAUCCUCUGCGUGCAGGACGAGCUGAAGAGGCUCGGUACCACGUUGCGGUGGGCUUCGAGCGAGCGGAUGCUGGCGGAUGGACUCACGAAGGUUGGGUCGCGACAGGAGCUUGCCGACACCAUGAUGUCGGGGAGGCUCAGCCUGGUCUUUGACAAGGACUUUGUGGCCGCAAAGAAGAAGACGAAGGAGGAGCGAGAGCGAGCACAGCGAGCAUCUGGUGGACAAUAUGGGUCCCGCAUUGCACAGCACAUCUCAAUGGUGCUCCUCGCGCAGGCCGCCAACGGCGUGGACGGCAAGACCCUGGACAACGGCAACCACGCGACCUACUACACCGACCUGUUCCUCGGCCUCCUCUUCCUGCAGUUUACCUUCAUGCUGGCCUAUGUCCUGUACAAGAUCGUGAGCUACGUGACCGCGGCGACUACUGCGAGGACCAGACCCGUGAGGACGACCGCCGACGCCACGACCCAGACGACAGGCCGCGACCAAGACACCAAGCUCUACCACCUCAACGCCAUGACGAGGCAGUACCAGAACGAGCUCGACGAGUACAGAGAGUACACAGCACAGCUCAAGGCCGAGAACACCGGCUUGUGGCGACAACUCGAGGACUGCCGACACGAACGAGAUGCUCUUCGACACCGCCCUCAACCAGGUGUGCCCCAGCGCGUGUGGCUCACACCGAAGGGUCAGUGCUUCCACCCAGACGAGAACUGUGGACACCUGCGAGGACUUAGGAAACCAGUGGACGCGUGGAUUCCACUGUUGUGCAGAUCCAAGUUCUGUGUUGCUGUGACCGGCUCUCAGAGGGAGGGCUUGAGUUCAAGAACGGCACGUGCCAUGGAAGCAAAAGGUCCGAUGGCAAAGCGCUUGGAUGGAAGCCAUGAUGCCCCUCCGAUCACCCAGCUCACGGUGAUUGUAGUCCUCCCCUACCUCUGGGCUGAGAGGUGCCAGACUGUCGAGUUGCAGUCUGGUGGGCUCUUCAACUUCGGACUUUGCAGCUUGGGGAAUGGGGCGAAGGUCGGCGAGGGCUUUCCCCUGGAGGAGUGCAGCCGCGGCAUGGAUUGCGUGGGCCUCGCCUUUCGUGGGACAUACAACCUGCUUGAGGUCUUUUUCCACUCGUCUAUCCUUGUGAAGAACGAAAGAGCUGGGACCAGGUAUUCACUUCAGCUCAACACCUGCCGUUCUGAUCCGUCCGUCAAAAGCUUUGCAUCAGAGCUGCGGUUACAGACCUUCAUCAGCCGGAAUCAUCUGUGGGGACCUCAGAAAGCGAUCAGCACCUCGGAUGGAUUUCGGCAUUGUCCACAGGCUAGGGGCUUCAAGUUUGACGACGGUGCAUCCAACUUUUCCAGGCCGGUGAACUGUAGCACCCCAGGGGCGAAUGCCGCCGACCCUUUCUUUGACAAGCAGGCUCGCGGAAUCGAGGCCCCUGAAGAGCUGGUUCAAGUCGGGCUGUUCUGGAUCUUCUUCCGUUUGGCAAUAGCAGCUGCGCCACAGCUCGUCAUAGUCGUGAUGGGUAGUCGUCUCCCGCGUGAUGUUUGUCACGCCAUCCCUGACGCAGUGGUCGCUUCCCCGGGAUAUGUGAGAUCCUAUUCGGGAGCUGCCAUGCCGGGCCGAGUGCUGUGCUGCCUCUCGGCGGUUGCCGUGGCACCUUCAUUGCGGCCUCCGACGGGAGGGAACACGGAGGACAAGCAAGAUGCUUCGGGAUCCGAGGCAAAGGAAGGCUUCAAAGCAGAGACGAUCUCGUCGAAAGAGGAGGGCUCGGAAAGGGAGGAGGGCUCAAAGGUUGAGAAGACGAUGGACGAGCUUCUACGAAAGAUGGCGGAGCGGCCCGCAGACGCUGCACUGCAGCUGAGAGGCCUAAAGGCGAUACGGGGGCGGGGAGGCUCCUCGGCGGACCCGCACCUGGCAGCGGCCGCCAUCGUCGCCGCCAUGCAAGCCCACCCGGAAGAUGGGGCCUUGCAGCUCGAGGCCUGCCGAGCUGCGCUCGCCCUCAUCUUUCUGGACUGUGAAGAUAUUUUGAUGGAGCACGAGCUCAUCGCGCCCGUGCGAGCGGCCAUAAGAAGUCAUUCGGCUGACCAUCGUCUCUUCGACGCGGCCGUGGGAGUCCUUUUCUGGAUGUAUGGCAGUGCAAGCCUGAGCAACAGCCACAUCGCCAGCGAGGCUUUGCUUCGGGAUGAAGAUGCUGCUAUCGUGGCACUUCUAGUGGCCCGCCUGCAGGGUCUUGCCGAGGCUCGAGAUCCGCUCGAAGCGGCCGCUUCUGCUGAGAUGAUUGCUAAGCUGUUGAAUUGUUAUUGCUUGGGUCGCGAAGAGGCCGGGCGGGCUGUGGUGGCUGCCGGGACCGUGCCGAAAGUGCUCGCCUGCCUGGAGGUGCUGCAGGAUUCCGAAGGAUUUCAAUUGCAGGGCUGCCGCCUCCUCAACAACCUGGCCGUCAGGCCACCGGAGGUGAAGGAGGAGCUGCUCCGAGCCGGUGCCGUGGGCGGCCUCGGAGCCGCCCUGCAGCGCGCUCUGGCUGUCGAGGGAUCACGUAGUGUUUAUUGGUGCUGCGGGGCGUUGGGUAGCCUGGGCGGUGGCAUCUCGGAGGAUCUGCGCCAGAAGCUCCAAAACUCCGAUGCCAUCGAUGCAGUCUGUCGGGUGCUCCGCCAAGACCGAACCGACAGAGCCACCCGUUCGCGCGCCGUGGCGUUCCUUCUGCAUCUGGCCGAGCUGCCAUCUGCACGGCCCAUCCUUGCAGAGGCGGAGGCCGUUGAAGCCCUGCUACUAACAGGUGUGCGGCACGACGAGGUCUUCGGCUCGGCGGCGGCGGCGCUUGCCUACUUCCCCGCCAACCGGGUCUCCCAGAAGGUCGGGUUGACUGAGGUGCCGGGUGAGGAUUGCCAGCCGCUGCUGGAGGCAGCCGCAAUCCGCAGAGUCACAGUGCUAGGGCUCUUGAAGGAUACUGUGCUCCCACUUGCAGAUGUGAUCCUCGACGUAGUGAACUUCAUAGAUUUUGUGGGACGGAGAUACUUCUUGUGGAUGGCUUGCCUCCUCUGCGGGCUUGUCUUCAAUGGUGUUGCAUCUGCCAUUCUGCAGCAAGGAAGCCCAGGACGUUCCAUGAUGAACUUUUUCACAUUCGGCACUUUUGGGCAGCUCGCAGAGGCAGUGGAAAGUUACGCCAAGGGCGUGAAGACGGAGACCUUGCUCAGGCAGAAGAUGGUCGAGGGCCUGGAGUCCGUCCUCAGCCUCCUGGUAACUGCCGACGCCUUAGCUGUGGCGGGCAACCUGGCCGAUGUGCCAGAGCUCAGCCCAGCCUCGGGCACCCUGAAAUGGGCCAGCGUUGGCCUUUCCGUCGCCUGCUUGUCGCUUUUAGCACAUGACCUCGACAAGAAGGCCAUCCACGAGCACGAGGAGUUAGCCCACCUUCGGCCCAUGUCAUCUUUGAAGAUCCUGGCAUUCCACGUCUCAGAGGUGCUUGCGGCCUUGGUCGUCGUCCUCUUUGCCUCGGCCACCAGGCCCUGGGGUCUCCCUUGCCUCGCAGCUGCCGUAGCUCUCUCCGCCUUGAUCCUUCACUUCCGCGCCUCCCAAAGCCUCGAGGGCAAUUGGAUUGUCACGACGGACAACGCAGACAAGGGCGACAAAGUUUGCAUUGCAGGCGGGCACGUGUUCAUGGCUGGGCAAGACUUUGCGUUGGAGUUGAAGGCGAACGGCGUGUCCGCGCUCGUGAAGACAGGCAUGGCCGACUUCAGUGCAAGCUUGGAGGAUGAGUGCGACGUCAUGAUCUGGUCAGCAGGACGCUAUGCGAUCGGGAAUGCCGCCGUUAUCAUGUGGCCCGUAAAGCAUCUGUGCCGCCAAGAAGCCGCUCUGCUCCACGAAGCUGGCUGGACAGGGCCGGGUCGCUGUGCCGGAUUGAUCAGGUGCUUCGCAUUCUUCGUCAUCUACGUGCCCUUCAACCUCGUGCUGAAUGUCACCACCUUCCUCUCUCCAUCGCUGCUUCGGCAGCUAGCCCUGCUGCGUUUGGCAGCGUUUCUAGUAGCCUGGAUCGCCGUGGUGUACCAGGCCCACUUCAGCCCAGACUUCGCAGACGAGAUCGUCACGCCACACAAUAUCGCCCUUUGCUCGCUAGCUGCCGUGGGCCUCCUCUUGCAUUUCGUCCUACUUCGAGAGCAGGUCCAAGCAGGACGCUUCAGCCAUGCCAGGCUCCUUGGCCAGCCGGACUCCGGCGAGGGCGAGGCUCGUUCCUUGCUGGCUGCAGAGGGCCAUCCAUAA